AUGUUCGGAUCAACCUGGGGACAGAACAACCAGCAGCAGCAACAGCAGCAGCAGCCCCAGCAGACUGGUGGCCUGUUUGGCUCGACGGGUGGCGGCUUUGGCCAGACCGCAGGUGGGUUUGGUCAACAGCAGCAACAGCAGCCGCAGACGGGCUUUGGACAGCCUCAGCAGAACACGGGCGGUGGCCUGUUUGGACAGGCUGCCGCGCCCGCUACUAGCUUUGGCGGCGGCGGCUUUGGACAGGCCGCUCAGCAGCCCCAGCAGACCAAUGCCUUCGGCGCGCGCCCCUCGUUUGGUGCGACCGGUACGUCGCCGUUUGGUGCUACCAACACUGCGGCUACGACCGGCGGCGGCCUCUUUGGCAGCUCGGCUCCGACCUCGACGUUUGGCCAGGCCGCUGCCCAGCCUACUGGUGGCCUCUUUGGCUCCAAGCCGGCCACCACUGGCUUUGGCGCGACGACCAGUUCGGGCCUCUUUGGCGCCAAGCCUGCUGUGACGGCCGCUCCCGGCAGCUCGAGCCCCGCUCCUUCCAACCAAGUGUUCCAGUACACCAACAACCCCCCUCCUCCCAUCCCCCAGACCGGUACCGCCAACCCCCCGUACCAGCCCACCUGGCAGCGUGACCCCCCUCCCAGCAUCGGCAGGGAUGCGCCCCCUCCGCACCUUUUCCAUGUCAUCAACGCCAUGGAGCCUUACCGCGGCGGCAGUUUUGAGGAGCUUCGUAUGCUCGACUACCAGCAGGGCCGCAAGGAGCCGACUGCUCAACCUGCGCCUGCUGCCACCGGCUUUGGCCAGCCCGCCGCCAGCGGUUUCGGCACUUCUUCGGGCGGGUUUGGCCAGCCAGCCGCGACCCCCUCGACCUUUGGCCAGGCCAAGCCCGGUGGCCUUUUUGGUUCGACCGGGGCCACCAGCACGUUUGGCGCACCCGCGGCCACGACAUCGACCUUUGGUCAGGCCCAGUCGACCGGUGGUCUCUUUGGCCAGCAGCAACAGCAGCCUACAACCUCCACUUUUGGCCAGCCUGCCGCCGGUGCGACCACUGGUGGUCUCUUUGGCCAGCCUGCCGCCCAACCGGCUGCCACUGGCGGCCUCUUUGGCAGUAACCCCAACCCCUUCGGCCAGACCAGUGCCCAGCAGCCCCAGUCGACCGGCUUUGGUGGAUUCGGUGCCGCCGCUGCCAAGCCUGCAGGCUUUGGCGCGACCCCGGGCACCACCAACGCCUUUGGCCAGACCGGCACCACCACUGGCUUUGGUCAGACUCCCGCUGCCCCCGCGCCCACUUCAUUUGGCGGAUUUGGCCAGACUCAACAGCAGCCUCAGCAACAGCAGCAGGCGACUGGCGGUCUGUUUGGCAACACCACCAACCCCUUUGGCCAGACCAGCGCUGCCUCCCCUGGCACGUCGCUCUUUGGCCAGACCAACACCCAGCAACAGCCUGCCGCCACUGGUGGUCUCUUUGGUAGCACUGCUGCCAAGCCUGCCGGCGGUCUUUUCGGCUCGUCCCCCGCGGCCUCGACCGCGACCGGCGGCUUUGGUGGGUUCGGCGCCGCCGCUGCCCCCGCUCAGCCCGCUACCACCGGCCUCUUUGGCUCUGCCCCAGCUGCCCAGCCUGCCGCUACCGGAGGUCUCUUUGGCCAGCAGCCCGCCGCCGCUCCUGCAGCCGGCGGUCUCUUCGGUAGCAACACUGGUGGUUCAUCCCUGUUCGGUGCCAAGCCUACAGCCCCUGCCACUGGUGGUCUGUUUGGUUCGGCUCCCGCGGCCCAGCCUGCUGCGACUGGCACGUCGUCGUUUGGCGGUUUUGGCCAGACCGGCACGGGCGGUGGUCUCUUUGGCAACACCAACACCGCCGCCGCCGCUCCUGCGACCACCUCGCUCUUUGGCGCCAAGCCCGCCGCUCCUGCAACCGGUGGUCUGUUUGGCUCGACUGCUGCCGCUCCCGCUGCCACUGGUGGCCUGUUCGGCAGCCUCGGCCAAACGCAGCAGCCCGCGUCGACCGGUCUCUUUGGUAGCACCACGCAGACCCAGACCCAGGCGCCCACAGGCGGUCUGUUCGGCAGCACUCUUGGCCAGUCGACCGCUCAGCCUGCUCAGAACCUCACCGCCUCGGUCGACCAGAACCCUUACGGCCGCAGCGAGCUCUUUGCGUAUCAGGGUCAAAAGCUCGAGCUCGGCAGUGUCAACAAGAAGCCUGCUCUUCCCCCACUCACCGCAUCGUCGUACCGUGUUACUCCCACCAAGGGCCGUGUGACCCAGCUCCGUGGCUUUGCCGCCCCUCUCAGCGCGUCGCAGAGCAACAGCCGUUCCGGCAGCCCCGUUGCGGCUUCGUCCAACAACAACCGCUCGGUCAUCGGCUCGCCUGUUCCCUCAGAGCGCUACAAGGGCCUCACCGAGACCUCGCUUUCUCCCAACGCCUUCAUCCCCCGUGCCAACGUCAAGAAGAUUAGCGUUGCUACUCCCAAGCUUGCCAACGGCAGCGAGGACCCCCUCGAGUCUGUUCUCGGCAAGUCGGCCCUCAAGAGCUCGACCAACUCGCUCCCCCCUACUCCCGAGCCCGUUCGCAGCCCUGCCUUCAACGCGUCUGGUUCCACCCGCUCCAACAUUGACGACACCCCUACUCGCCGCCCCCAGAGUGUUCAAAUUGAAACCUCGAUCCGUCCUGUUGCCACCGAGCGUCCCCUCAAGCGUGGAGACUACUGGUGCAAGCCCAAGCUUGAGAAGCUGCGCUCCAUGUCUCACGAGGAGCUCAGUAAGAUUGAAAACUUCACUGCCGGCCGCAAGGGCUAUGGUGAAGUCGUCUUCCUCGAGCCAGUUGACCUCACAGGCCUUGCGUCCCUCCACGACCUUCUAGGCAAGGUCAUUGUUGUCGAGGACCUCGAGCUUGCCGUCUACCCGGAAGAUGGCCCCAAGAAGCCUGCGCGUGGCAAGGGUCUCAACCACCCGGCCCAGAUUUCGCUUGAAAACUGCUUUGCCCGUGACAAGGCUACUCGCCAGCCGGUCACGGACCCCAGGGACCCCCGCUACCAGCGCCAGGUCAAGCGUGUCAAGGCCGUCCCCGACACUGAGUUUGUCAGCUUCACCGAGGACGGUGUCUGGACCUUUAUCGUGGACCACUUCUCCCGCUACGGUAUUGCCGGCAGCGAUGAUGAGGACGACGCCGACGAGGGUGUCGCUUCGCCCAGCCCUCCCAAGUCGGGUACUCUCGACCGCUCGCUUUCCCCUUCCAUUACCGAGGAGGAGGAGACAGAUGAGGACGACGACUUUCUUCCGCCCACCCGCAGCAUUUACGACAACAUGAUGACCGCCGACUACGACAGCGGUCUCGACGGCGAUGUGACCGACGAGUCGAUGGAGGAGGACCUUGAGACUGAGCGCGAGGACAAUGGCGACAUGGACAUGCAGCCCGACUGGGACCGUCCCAUCAAGUCCAAGCUCGGUGCCCAGGGUAUGCGCAACAUGCGUGCCAUGCAGGCGUCGUUCUUUGGCUCGGCCGAGCCCAAGGCGCCCAAGCAGUCUGCGCUCGAUGUGAAGCGCGCCGCUGCCGUCGAGGCUGCCCGUGCUCUUGAGCGCAAGCGUGUCGAGUCGGGUUUUGGUGAUGCCGAGGAGGGUUUUUCUACGCUUGACAACCGGGCCGUCAAGCGCGCCUCCUUCGGCGAGCCCGCCCGCCCGCCAAAGCUCCGCCAGCCGCGCAAGUACGCCAAGGUUGCCCUUACCGACAGCAGUGUCGCAGGUGGCGAAGGUGUACGUGCCGACGCGGGUCUUUCCCUUGGCCGCUCGUUCCGUGCGACCUGGGGUCCCAACGGUCAACUUGUUCACAUUGGCAAGAUUUGUGCCCCUGGAGCCAAGUUUGCCUCGUCCCCUCAGCCGACCGUCUUUGUUGAGCAGGUCGAGCUGCUCGCCGACUCCAAGGCCGUCGAGAGCCAGCGUGCGUCGCGUCUGCUGUCGUUGCUCCUCCAGCACACUGCCGUCGAGCUUGUCGAGGGUGAGCCAGCAGCGUUUACCGAGACUGGGAUCCGCUUCCACCAGUUUGCGGACCUCUUCGACGCCGCCGACCGCUCGCACGAAGCGUGCGUCUGGCGUCUUGGCAAUGCACUCUUUGACGAGAUCGAGCUCGGCCUCCCGGAGACCACUUCGUCCGACGUUGUCCAGCGCAUCACCGAGGUGCGUCGCAAGCUCGCCCUUUCCAAGUGGCUCGAGGACGCUGUCGCUCCCGCCGUCGACACCGACCUCGCCAAGGCCGGUGACAACCGCCCCGCCAAGGUCUUUUCGCUCCUCACGGGCAACCAGAUCGACCGCGCGGUCCAGUCGGCUCUGGACGGCAACGACAUGCGUCUCGCCACGCUCGUGUCGCAGGCUGGCGGGCCCGAGAUCUUCCGCGCCGAGGUCAUGCGCCAGCUCGAGGACUGGACCAAGUUCAAGUCCAACUCGCUCAUCGGAUACGACUACCGCAAGCUCUACGCCGUCCUCGCCGGUGUGACUGACAUUGUCGCCGGCGACUCGACCCGCGGCCCCGACGCUGCUCCCGAUGUCCUUGUCGCCGAGGGUCUGGACUGGAAGCGCGCCUUUGGCCUCCAGCUCUGGUACGGCUGUCCGUCUGAGGAGAGUAUUGCAGAUGUGCUCGACCAGUAUACUGCGUCGCUCGACUCGGCUCACCCCCCUGCCAAGUCACUCCCGCCUUACCUCGAGAAGCCUGACGGCGGCAGGACCUGGGACCUUCCCCAGCAGCCGACCGACGUGCUCUUCAAUCUCAUCAAGGUGUACGCCGACCUGACCGUCCCGCUCGACCGUGUGCUUGCGGCUCGCGACUCGUCGCCCUCGCCCACCGACUUCCGUAUCCCCUUCCACCUCUACCUCCUUCUUGGACACGCGCUUGCCAAGCGUGACUUUGAGGACCGCGAAGACGAGGACGAGAGUGGUGUUGGAUUCAGCGCCACUGCCAACCAGAUCACCUCGUCGUACGCUGCCCAGCUCGAGGAGGAGGGCCAGUGGACAUGGGCCGCGUUCAUCUUGCUCCACCUCGAGCGCGCUGAGUCGCGCCGUGCCGCCAUCCGCGACCUCCUCUUCCGCCACCCGGACCCUACCCAAGUCGAGAUUGCCUUCCUCACGGACAAGCUCCACGUUCCCUGGGAGUGGCUGCACGAGGCCCGCGCUGCUCACCUCGCCGCUGCCGGCGACGCGUACGGCGAGUACUUUGAGCUCAUCCCCGCCGGCCUGGUCGACCGCGCCCAGCGCACCCUUAUCACCAAGCUCGCACCCGAGGCUGUCCUGCGCGAGGACCACGCCCUCCUCCGCCGACUCUGCGAGGCCCUCGAGCCCACCCACCCCACUGGAUGGGAGUAUGGCGGCAAGCUCUUCCUCGACUAUCUCGACCUCAUCUCCGAGGUCCGCCCCCUCCUCGCCAGUGUCCUCCGCGCCGGCGCCAACCCGGACCCGACCGAGGCCCACGCCCUCACCGCCCUGGCGCGCAAUGUCCCCCGCGUGCUCCAGCUCCUGCCCGCCCUGUUCCCCGACAAGGAGGACGUGCAGCAGGUGGCCAGCCUCAGCGACAUGCUCAGCGACCUCCAGGCCCUCGCGGGUGUCCUCCACCCUGCGGGAUUCAUCCCGCGCCCGCCCGUCUCCGACCUGCUGGUCGACAAGGACCGUCUCCACCUUCUCCAGGCCGCGGCGACCGAGAGCUUUGAGCACUCGCUCCAGGCCCUCACUGCGUAA